UUCGUUCUCUCUUCAAUGGCCAAGAUCCAGCCCCUCCCUGCGGCCACCUCGCCGUCGUCCUCCGAUGAUCAGCGGCAGGGCCAGCAGGCGUACACGGUGUGGAUGAAGUCGCUGGUGUUCAACGGCAACGGCUGCGCGGUGUACGGCCCCGACGGCGCAGACGCCUUCCGCGUCGACAACUACGGCUGCAGGGGCGGCCGCGAGGUCUUCUUCAUGGACCGUGAGGGGAACUCCCUCAUCAGGAUCAGGCGCAAGGGCUUCGGCAUGUUCAGGAGGUGGGAGGUCUGUCGGUGCGCCCACAACGGCGGCCAGGAGGAGGAGGCCACGCCGUGGUUCAGCGUGCGGCGGGCCGAGAAGGGCGGAGCCGCCGUGGCGAUGCACGGCGGCACGGGGACGUGCUACACGAUCGACGGGUGCUCUGCCCGCAAGUCGGAGUACAGAGUACGCGGCGUGGAUGGCGCGGUGGUGGCAGAGGUCGCACGGAAGCAGACGCCGGCGGGGGUGGUGCUGGGGGACGACGUGCUGACGCUGACGGUGGCGCCGGAGGUGGAUCACCUGCUCUUCCUGGGCUUGGUCGUCGUGCGUGGCCUCAUCAACCGCUCCUUGUGAAUUGUGAUGCAUGGAUGGAUGAAAUGACAAUCAUCUUCUUCUGGUUCAAUUCUCUAGGUAGGUGGUUCGUGCUACUAUUUUCUUCAGACGAACAAUUUAGGAAGCUUUUGCCCAAGCCGAGGACAUGGUGACUCUUUUUGGUGUAUGCUUUUUGACCCUUUCUCAAAGGGUUUUUCAAUACCAUGGUUG